GUACCAAAAAAAAAAAAAAAAACCUUCAAAGCUUUGAAACAUUCUUCUGCAUCGAGAGAGAUGCGCGAGCUCCAUUUCACAACUUUCGCUAACCGUCUGCUUCUUCUUCCCUCGUCUUCUUCAUCAUUCUUCUUCUCCUUCUUCGACCUUCUUUCUCUUCGCUUUGAUCCAUUCACCAAUUCCCUCUACACCACAAUCACUCCGAGUAGCCAUGGGAAAUUGGAUAAACAAGGAGCCUCCGCCUCCAGUGGUUCUCGUUCCCCCACUCUUCGAUUAUCCUCCGCUUGCUGCUCGUACCAGGAUGUUGGAGUCAUCUUAUAAUUUGUUAUUCGGGAAGCUUGCUUUAAAAUGUCUUUUCGAGGAUUAUUUCGAUGAGGCAAGGCAUUUUAGCACGGUGAUCAUGCUAAAGCCCAUUGAUGACCCUCAGGUGGAUUUAGUCGCAACCGUAUCAGGUCCUCUUGAUCAUAAGCCUGAGGAUAAGAUCGUAGGGAAUGCAUUGUUUCGAUGGCAAAGUGACAUUGUUGAUCCCCAUACAUUUGUGGACCUUUAUGUGUCAAACUCUGAUCCGGUUUUACAAAUGAGGUCAUGUGCAUACUAUCCCAAAUAUGGCUUUGGAGCUUUUGGUAUUUUCCCACUCCUACGGAAGAAAAGAUUAUGUUCCGAGGACUUUGGUCUUAUUGGACUCAGAUAUGGCUCAAGGAAUCUGUCAGCAGGAAUCACACUUAUGCCCUUCUCCUCAAAAGAUGAACUCCCAAAAACUGCGUGGCUGGUCAGCAAGAUGGGAAGGCUGACUACUGGAGUGCAGUAUGAGCCACAAUAUGGGAUUAAAGAUGGUGGGUCAUUAAAAAAUUUAAUGAAUUGGAGUUGUGCAAUUGGCUAUGAUGUGGGUUCGGGGAGCCCUUUGAGCCCAUCUUUCAAUUUUGGUCUUGAACUUGCAAAAAAUUCACAGUUCAUUGCCUCAUUCUAUCAACAUGUGGUGGUUCAACGGAGGGUGAAGAACCCCCUUGAAGAAAAUGAAAUUGUUGGAAUCACGAAUUACAUCGACUUUGGCUUUGAGAUGCAGACUAGAGUUGAUGAUGUCAAACCAGCAGAUAAUAUUCCCGAUUCUACUUUCCAAAUAGCAGCAUCAUGGCAAGCCAAUAAAAAUUUCUUACUGAAGGGGAAGGCAGGGCCUCUUAGCUCCUCACUUGUUAUAGCAUUCAAGUCAUGGUGGAAACCUUCAUUUACUUUCAGCAUCUCAGCUACCAGGGAUCGUAUAGUUGGAAAAACUGCAUAUGGAUUUGGCAUCCGCGUCGAAAACCUUAGAGAAGCCAGUUAUCAAAGAGCUGAUCCAAAUUUUGUGAUGCUUACACCAAGCAAGGAGCAUCUGGCUGACAGCAUGAUUUGGAAAAUCGGGAAGAGACCGAUGCUGCAGUCGGAUGUAAAUGCUGGAAAUUUCGAUGACAUACCGAAGGAACUAAGACCCUUGAACAAAAUUUUGUGAGAUUUAUUUCCUGUCAGUUUUGUACCUGACACAGAACCAAAAGGUUGCUUCUUAUCCUGAAGAACAGAAGAAGCGUUUGUAAUCUUGGAUUAGUAUCGACUCUGCUAGUAUAAUAUAGGAACUCAGACAAUUGUUAUUCCUUUCCCUCUUCUGGCCUCUUCCACUCACAAAGGAAGAGCCUAGAGUGAGAAGUAAUUGUCAAGGGAAUUAAAGUUAAAGUUACAUGCUUUUAUAAUUAUCUUUUUUUAAUCCAAA